AUGUCAGACCUCAACAUCAACAAAGACCACGAGACCACCGAAGCAUCAAAUUCACCAGACGCUUCUUCCUCUGAAGACCUGGCUACCGUCGUCGAUGACCUCUUGAACCAACUAUCUACAAAGUUCACGAACAUAUCUUCGGAUCUGCUUACAAAGAUGGAUGAAAUGUCUAGACGUCUUGACAACCUCGAAGCUUCUAUCCAAGCAUCUGCCAGAUCCCAAGAUGAAGAAUCGAAAUGA